CAGCCAGUAGACAGAAAACGCCAGCCACCUGAGCGCUGAGGGGCACCCUUGCAGCCAUUUCUGGGCAGGCUCCAAGGUUCUCUCCGCCAUGGCCUGUAACAGCACGUCCAUGGAGACUUACCAGCACCUGCGGCUGAACGCGAGCAACGCGACGGAUGCCGAGGCCACCCCGCUGUCCGCCCCGCUCAGGAUAUYGCUGGCCAUCGUGAUGAUGCUGAUGAUCGUGGUCGGAUGCCUGGGGAACACCGUGGUCUGCAUCAUCGUGUAUCAGAGGCCCGCCAUGCGCUCCGCCAUCAACCUGUUGCUGGCCACACUGGCCUUCUCGGACAUCAUGCUGUCUUUAUGCUGCAUGCCCUUUACCGCUGUCACCCUCAUCACCGUCCACUGGCACUUUGGGGACCAUUUCUGCCGGCUCUCUGCGACGCUCUACUGGUUUUUUGUCCUGGAGGGCGUGGCCAUCCUGCUCAUCAUUAGCGUGGACCGCUUUCUCAUCAUCGUCCAGCGGCAGGACAAGCUGAACCCACGCAGGGCCAAGGUGAUCAUCGCGGUCUCCUGGGUGCUGUCUUUCUGCAUCUCGGUCCCCUCGUUCACGGGCUGGACAUUCGUGGAGGUGCCCGCGCGCGCUCCGCAGUGUGUGCUGGGCUACACCGAGUUCCCCGCUGACCGCGCCUACGUGGUGACGCUGGUGGUGGCCGUGUUCUUCGCGCCCUUCGGCGUCAUGCUGUGCUCCUACCUGUGCAUCCUCAACACGGUGCGGAAGAAUGCUGUCCGUGUCCACAACCAGUCCGACAGCCUGGACCUGCGACAGCUGACCAGGGCUGGACUGAGGCGGCUCCAGCGGCAACAACAGGUCAGCGUGGACUUGAGCUUCAAAACCAAGGCCUUCACCACCAUCCUGAUCCUCUUCGUGGGCUUCUCCCUCUGCUGGCUGCCGCACUCGGUCUACAGCCUCCUCUCGGUGUUCAGCCGGCGUUUUUACUACAGCCSGUCCUUCUACACCACCAGCACCUGCAUCCUGUGGCUCAGUUACCUCAAGUCCGUCUUUAACCCCAUCGUGUACUGCUGGAGAAUCAAAAAAUUCCGGGAGGCCUGCUUAGAGUUGCUACCCCAAACUUUCCAAAUCCUUCCCAAAGUGCCUGAGCGGAUCCAAAGGAGAAUCCAGCCUAGCAGAGUCUACGUGUUUAAUGAAAACCAGUCUGCAGUGUAG